AUGUCCAGCGGAGAAGUCUUAGGGCACCUUUAUGACUGUAUUCAAGAGGCCAGGUCGGCGCAACUCAACGUCAAGUAUCUAAGCUGGAAAUACGCCCACUGUAUUGCUCUUCAUCCCAAUGGUGAACAAUUACAGUACAAGGACCUGACGGCUGAGGCGCCUGUGUCCUCCAAGGCGGUUCACAUCUGGGACAUCACCUACAAAAAGGAGGGUUCUGAGCCAUUUUGCCUUUCACGGGCACUGGGGUCUGUGGUGAAGAAGCAUAUCUUCAAGGACUACCUGAUUCAGGGGGCAAAGGAGCAUGUGCUGCGGACGUGUGGCUCAUCUUACAACAGCAUGGACUUGGACACCAAGAUCGGGAUGGUCAAAGCUGAACUGGAGAAGGCACCCAAGCCUCUGCCUGGCCAAAUCGGUUACAAAUACGGAGCCAAGUACUUCUGGCCCCAGCGCCCAUGGGUAGAUGAGCUGAAGAGGCUCAUGAAGGAGAAGGACAACAUGGCCAAGUCUGCUGGUGAGCUAAAACAGCUGGUGGACCUUCAAAGUCAGCAACAGACAGCAGCAGCUACAGCACCGGCUCUACUCAUCUCUACUGGGGCAGUAAACGUCCGUGUUGCUGCCAGUAACCAGCCACAUACUGCAGCCAUGCCAGCAGCUGUGCCCAUGGGUGCUGUUACUACUGCUGCUGUAGACAGCAGUGAGACUCUGGAGGGCAAGGAUGUUUGCCAUGGCCCAAAGUGGAAGAACAUGGGGACGUGGUGCCAAUCAGCAAGCCUGGGAACUGGAGGAGCUGCAGUGGCAGCUGCUAAUGCCGGCCUGGCAGAGGGGGAGGUAUUCAAUCCAGUGGAUGACACUCCAAGUGAGGACUUGUUCCCUGCACUAGCUGCUGAGUUGGCGGGGCCAGUUGGCGUCAACAAGAGCAAGAAGCGCAAACUGGAGGCUGCUGAGACCGUACUGGACGCUGCUGAGAAAGUGGGCAGGAUGGGAGAUGACAGCAUGGAAGAUGACAGCAAUGAAGAUGAGUAUGUCACUAUUGAGAACACUGCUUACAGUGUUGACACAGCUGAUGAUGUACCAGCUGCGUUGGCAGAGCGCGGACUCGCCAUCCUGCACUUGCACUAUCUCAAGGACAACGUGAAACCACAAGAGGUGGAGAUGGCUAUCCUCUUCGCACAGCAGAAUGCCACUGCCAUCUUCCAGGACAUCCCACUAGAUGAGGAGGGCAACUUCAUCCCGGAGCGUGACGAGAAUGGUAGGAAGGAGGGAAUGUCAGAUUAUGGGACCCGGCAGUGGAGGCAGGUCAUCAUUAACAGUGAUGACCAUGAAGAAAUGCUGAAAGUGUUUCGUGUUUUGGUUGAGGUGGAGAUGGUCACAGUGCAGCUUGCAAUGGAGAGUCACACCUUGCACCACAGUUCACCUGCCAUCCUCAUUAACAGACAGGCUGCAUGCCAGAAGCCUGUUAGCCGCCAAUGCUGGCACACUCACCUAAGUGAGGGCCAGACUGGUUUCGUAGUGAUUGCAGCUGUGCAGAAAUGUUCGCUGCUCGUCUUCCCUGGCAGCCACAAGCAGCUGCAGGAGUACUGGCGGCUGCAGCAGCUGCUGAAAAUGGACAAGAUUGGGGAGGCCACUUUCAAGGCGUGCCUCUCCAGCAAUGGUGGCAGCUUUAAGGCAGUGCGGAUCAACCUCGAUCUGGGGGACAUCCUUUUCAUGUCUGGACACACCAUUCAUGCGGGAGGCUGGGGCAUCGACAAGCACCCCGCCCUGUGCAUACAUUGGUAUGUCACUGAGGAGAAGCAGAAGAAUGAACCCUCACAGAUUGUUCUGUUUGACUUGCCAGGACUGAUGCGGGUUCCAGGUUUGGCCGACGGGCAGGGGCAGGACCCGGUGCGGGCCGUUUGGGGGCUGGCAUGUCGUCGGGGGCUGCAGCAGGCACUAACAGCUGCGCACACGGGCGCCUCAAUUGCACUCGCGGGUGCCCAACUCGAUGCUCGCUGGCAACUUCAUCACGACCAGAAAAAGGUUACUCCUGUGCACGCGGGCGCCUCAAUUGCACUUGUGGGCCCGCACGACCAGAAAAGAUUACUCCUCCGCAUGCGGGCGCCUCGAUUGCACUUGCGGGUGCCCAACUCGAUGCUCGCUGGCAACUUCAUCACAACCAAAAAAGAUUACUCCUGCGCACGCUGCGCUGACCGGCGUUGGUCCUCAAGGAAUUGA